UCGCGAGAGGCGGGCGGGCGGAAGCGGCGUGUGGCGCCGGGUCGGGCCGCGGCGUGCGGGGUCGUGAGGGGCCGCGGCGGCAGCAGCAGGAUGCCGAGCCCCGCCGGUUGUGGCCAGGGCCAAGACCGCCGCCCGGAGAGCGAAGAGUCGUCGGCGGCCGACGAUUAUGCUAAGGAAAGAUAUGGAGUGUCAUCAAUGAUACAAUCCCAAGAGAAAUCAGAUAGAGUUUUGAUUCGAGUAAAAGACUUGACAGUGGAGAAGGCUGAUGAAGUGGUUUGGGUUCGUGGAAGAAUUCAUACAAGCAGAGCUAAAGGGAAGCAGUGUUUCUUAGUCCUGCGUCAGCAGCAGUUUAAUAUCCAGGCUCUUGUGGCUGUGGGACAGCAUGCAAGCAAGCAGAUGGUAAAGUUUGCUGCCAACAUCAACAAAGAGAGCAUUGUGGAUGUAGAAGGUGUUGUGAGGAAAGCACAUCAGAAAAUCGGAGGUUGUACUCAGCAAGAUGUUGAGCUUCACGUUCAAAGGAUCUAUGUGAUCAGUUUAGCUGAACCCCGACUGCCCUUACAGCUGGAUGAUGCUGUUCGACCAGAAGUGGAAGGAGAGGAGGAUGGAAGAGCUACUGUAAACCAAGAUACAAGACUGGACAACAGAGUCAUUGAUCUGAGGACCUCCACUAGUCAGGCAAUCUUCUGCCUUCAGUCUGGUAUUUGUCAGCUUUUCCGAGAAACUCUUAUUCGCAAGGGAUUUGUGGAAAUUCAGACUCCCAAAAUAAUUUCAGCUGCCAGUGAAGGAGGAGCCAAUGUAUUUACCGUGUCAUACUUCAAAAGCAGUGCCUACCUGGCUCAGUCCCCACAGCUGUACAAGCAGAUGUGUAUAUGUGCUGACUUUGAAAAGGUUUUUUGCGUUGGGCCAGUAUUUAGAGCUGAGGACUCCAAUACACACAGACACCUGACUGAGUUUGUUGGUCUGGAUAUUGAAAUGGCUUUUAACUAUCACUAUCAUGAAGUGGUAGAUGAGAUUGCAGAUACCUUGGUGCAGAUAUUCAAGGGACUUCAGGAAAGAUUCCAAACUGAAAUUCAGACAGUGAACAAACAGUUCCCAUGUGAGCCAUUUAAGUUUUUGGAGCCAACUCUGAGGCUGGAAUACUGUGAAGCUGUGGCCAUGCUUAGAGAGGCUGGAGUUGAGAUGGGUGACGAAGAAGAUCUCAGCACACCUAAUGAAAAGCUCCUGGGACGCCUGGUAAAGGAAAAGUAUGACACAGAUUUCUAUGUUCUUGACAAAUAUCCCCUUGCUGUGAGGCCUUUUUAUACAAUGCCAGACCCAGUAAACCCUAAAAGCUCUAACUCUUACGAUAUGUUCAUGAGAGGGGAAGAGAUCUUGUCUGGAGCUCAGAGAAUUCACGAUCCUCAGCUGCUGACAGAAAGAGCCCAGCAUCACGGCAUCGAUUUGGAGAAAAUAAAGGCUUAUAUUGAUUCCUUUCGUUUUGGUGCACCUCCACACGCAGGUGGAGGAAUAGGGCUGGAAAGAGUAACCAUGCUGUACCUAGGGCUGCAUAAUGUUCGUCAGACCUCCAUGUUCCCACGGGAUCCCAAACGACUGACACCCUGACAUGAGUGGCUGUUCAAAGCUUGAGAUUAUUUGCCCUGCAAAUACAAUAAGAUUGCAAGCAUACCCCCUCCUACUGCUGAACCUGUAUUGAUUUGAGCAUUAUAAUAUGCAAUACAAAAAAAAAUCUCAUUUACUAAAGUGCCACAAUAAUUUUUUUUAUCCUUAGCUGUUUAUUUAAAAGAAAAUAUUUUAACAGUUCAAGACUCUUUGUAUUGGCAACUGUGCACAUUUUUAAUGAGAAUGUGAUACUUUGAGUUAGUAUUCUAGUGUCACAUAGAAUUGUAUCAUGUUUCUAAACAUUUUAAUAAAUGAUGCAAUAAAAAAUCUGCAUUUUUAACUUAUGUCAGCAAGAUUGAAUAUUCUGAAGUACAGAAUUCGCUCAAAGCUAAAAUGACUGGAUGCUUGCAAUUUAAAAACCAGGAGGAAAGCAGCCAAUUGUUAAUCUACGUGAGUGUCAGGUAGAGAAGCAGGUGAGAAGAACAACAUUCUUAACAAAAAGUCUUCAUAUGAAAUUGUGAAAAUAGAUUGCAAUAAAUCUCUCAAAGCAAAUUAGAUACAAUGUCUUUCUGAUUUUUGCUUUGUUGAUCAAUAAUCAUGAAUCCAUAAGGGUUGCUUUCUCUUUUAAUGAUGCAAUAGCUGCUGGAAGUUUAAAUUUAUUUUCUUUUUUUAAGUUGUACAUAAGCCAUAGGCCUCUUCUUUAUGUUACUGAUUGAGAAUGGAUAGGUUACACACACUCAUGGAAUACACAAGGGAUAUAUAAUAUUCUCAGAAAAUAAAUGGUCGGUGAGUUUGAGAGCAGGACAUGUAUUUUCCUGCCUGAGCCAGCCUCUAGGAUAACAAACAAGACAAAUCAGCAAGGAUUUCAUGUAUCUAUUGCCGAUGAAAGAAAAUCAAAUAACGUAAGCAAACCUAUUUCAGGAUUUUUCUCAUUUAUAAAUGCUCUGAACAGCCCAGCUGAUGCACAUUUAGAGAAAUGGGGUGCUUCUGUAAGUCAGAGUACUUCUGAAAUUCUUUAUAGACAUCCUUCUUCUCAAAUGAAUCACCUACUUGAACCUCCUCAAUUUGCAGUGAUGUACAAAGCUACUUCUCUUCCUCCUCCUCCCAGCCCAAAAGGAUGUGCCCUGCAUUUGGAGAGGAACCACUGUAUUCGAGACUUCCUUUUAUGGACUGCAUCUGAUAGUUGUUUUUCAAAUUUAAAUUUUCAAGUGUAGAUGCCAAAGAGCAAAGGAUUAAAUUACUUGCCUGGGCACUGCAAUAGAGUUACUCUAAUAUUUAUACAUAUUUGUAAUUCCUGACUUAAUCUUUGCUUAACAUUUUACAUAAUAAAGAGCUUUCAGUAGGA